AUAUGCCAUUUUCUGCUAAUUUACUUUCUUCUUCACUAAAUUUCAUGAAAGUUUGAAUCCAUAGAUCCUAAAAAUUAUACCUUUUUUUUGUUCCAUAGAUUUUGAAUUCUUGUCAAAAAGAAAAAGAAAAAUCUUGAUCAUGUUUAGUAGCACAGAGCCAAUGUCAAGAGAAACGGACAAAUUUAAUAGUUUCUUGUUUUCAAGUGGCGGCGGCGGCGGUUCUUCAAAUUUUAAGAAUGGUGGUGAAUUACAAGGAAUGGAAACUGAGUUUUUAAGGAACAAAGAAAUCAUGAUUUCUGAUUUUUUUCAGCAACAGUCUUCACAAUUCCAUCAGCAGCAGAGUAAUAAUAAUGGUGGGGGGUUAACGAGGUACAGGUCAGCUCCGAGCUCGUUUUUCGCCGGAAUUCUUGACGGAGACGGCAAUAAUUCCGGUGAAAAUUUUAUUACUCAUGAUGGAUCUUCGAGUUCGGAUUCUGAAUCCAUGUUCACUGCCUUGUUGAACAACAACAACGACAACAACAACGUUAAUAAUAAUAAUAAUGUUACAGUUUCUGGUACUCGGGAUCUGAAUGAUCAGAUCAGCAAAAAUCAGUUGCAGUUUGCUUCUUCUUCUAUGAAGCAGGAGAUUGGAGAGGAUAUAAAAUUUGCUUCUUCUGCUAUGGGAUCAUAUGGUGUAGGAGUGCAAAUGCAAAGUGGAGUGAGGUUGAGUAAUGGAAAUGGUGGUGGCUCUAAUAAUCUUAUUAGACAAAGCAGUUCACCUGCUGGAUUCUUCAAUGGAUUUGAUAUAACAAGAGAAGUUGGGAAUUAUAGAGCAAGUAGUGGGGCUAAUAUGAGCUUCUCAUCUGCUCAAUCUUCUACCUCAAAUUUCAUGCCUAGCAUUGCUGAGAAUGAAUCUUGGAAUGACUCUUCAUUCCAUUCUUUAAAGAGAAAUAGAGAUGGUGAUCUCAAAGUGUUUUCUAAUGAUUUCAAUGGAAUAACUAGUCAGAAUGGUGAAUCAAGAAACUUCACUACUUCUGGUUUAACUCACCAUUUAAGCUUGCCAAAGACAUCUUCUGAGAUGGCUGCCAUAGAAAAAUACAUGCAGUUUCAACAAGAUUCAGUGCCUUGCAAAAUCCGUGCCAAAAGAGGCUUUGCUACUCAUCCAAGAAGUAUUGCAGAGAGGAUGAGACGGACUCGGAUUAGUGAAAGGAUGAAAAAACUUCAAGAUCUUUUUCCAAAUAUGGAUAAGCAAACCAACACAGCUGAUAUGUUAGAUUUGGCAGUUGAUUACAUUAAAGACCUUCAGAAACAAGUCCAGACACUGAAUGAUAAAAAGGCGAAAUGCUCGUGCCCGAGUAAACAGCUGCAAUAUUCAAAUGGAACAACAUGAACUUGAUUUCUGUACAGAUAGUAAUAGGUGAAGUUAGAUGGGAAGAGGGAAGAGAGUAAAUUACUUCUUUCUGCCCCAAUACAAUGGAAAUAUGAUUUCUUGUAUCAUUAGCGAUAAGGCAAGUGUAGUUUUUCCCCCACUUUUAAAUGUAUAAUUGAGUUUGAGUAGAACUAAUAACAGUCUAGUGGGAAAUUCCGAUGCACAGAGCACAAAUGCUAAUUGUAUUAUGCUGUUGUUUAUUAGAAUAUGACUUUGUUGUUAGUUCAGAGAUCUAACAAGCUUGAG